AUGUUUGCUCACUUGGUCACUGCUGCCAAGGGUCUAUUUACGCGACCUGAAAAUACAGAAUCUGCCGAUUCCAACAUGGUGACUACACGACGAGGCGAAGUUGCGCCCGAACUUGCGAACGGAAAGCGCAAGGCCAACAAGGCCGACAACCAGCAAACCAAGCGAAGAAGAAAGAGUGAUCCCAAGGACAUGGAGACCGAAGAUGCAAGCGAUAUCCUGAAGUCGUCCAACCUCAAGGGAGAGAAAGCGCCCGCGGAAAAGAAGAACCACUUCCGUUUCGACAGCGAAGAACCCGAAAUUCCCGAGACACUAUCCGAGGAAAUCCCAGAAGAUCCGAUGCAGGAGGAUGAAGAUGAGGAUAGCGAUGAUGAUGCACCAGAGGCCAUUGAUAACUCGGCCCAGCUUCUGAGAAUGAAGGAACAGGCCAAGAAGCGAGAGACCGCGAAGCAAUUAGAAGAACAGCUGAAGAGAGAAAAGCGACGGAAAUUGGAUGAGCGUCGCAAGUUGCAAGCCAAGACUAUUGUCAAGCCUAAGGAGUCUUCCGACGAUCUCCUCUCUGAGAGCACAGCCACCAUUCAGGGCACAACUACACAAGAUGCACGACGGGCAGCUCUGCCUGCUUUGCUUCCAGAUGACAUUUUGAACGCCGAGCCUGUCAUCCGCCCUCCCACACCCCCGGCCGAUGAAUUUGCCAUGCCGAAGAAGUCAAAUAAGCUAAGGUUCCUGGACAAGCAGGACAAAAUUCCCAAGGAUGUCAAUCUGGGCGAUAUUUCUAUUCGGGUGCUCGAUGCGCCCUCCACCAAGAAAAGCUCGAAGCCUGCUUUGGCUCCUCGAGUCUCCAAGGCUGGAAAGAAUCUCAAGAGCAGCAUGUUGCAGCGGGCCCGCAGCUCAGCCGGCAACGGGCUCCGCAAGAAAGCAAGCGGGCCUGGGGGAUUUGUUCGUCGUUGA